AUGCUUCGAUAAAUCUUAGCAACAGCAGCAAUAACACUUCUUUUGAUUACAAAUAACUAUCAAACUUCAUCAUAAUCACAAUCUGAGUUUGAGAUAUGGUCUUAAAAGCAUCAUAAGACUUAUUUAGGUUAAGAGAAAAUAUAUAGAGAAGGAGUUUAUUAGACAAAUAAAAAAAUGAUUGAAGAGCACAAUAUAGUAGAAUCCAGAUCAUAUGAUAUGGGUGAGAAUCAAUUCAUGGCAUUGACAAAAGAUGAAUUUAUUUCAUUAUAUUUAAAUUAAUUAGAUGCUCCAUAAAUGGUACAAUAACAACCAUAAGAACCUAUUUUAAAUAUUGAUGAACCACUUAAGGAGAUCGAUUGGAGUUCCUAUACAACUAUUAAAGAUUAAGGAUUAUGUGGAGCUGGUUGGGCUUUUUCAGUUAGUAAUUCUAUCGAAGCUUGGUAUGGAAUAAGAGGAAGAAGAAGUAUUAUAGCAUCCGCUUAAUAAUUAAUUGAUUGUGACUUAUAUUCAAAAGGAUGUUUUGGAGGAUAUAAUUAUAAUGCUAUGCAUUAUAUUUAGUAAACUGGAUUAAUGAGUGGUGUCUAUUAUCCUUAUGUUGGCUAAUAAGAAGGAUGCAGAUACAAUACUGGAGAAUUUAGAAUUAACAAUUAUUAGUUCGUAGGUAAUUAACAAUCAACUUUACAACAUUAUUUAUAAAAUUAUCCUGUAUCUGUUGGUGUUGAUGCAUCAAAUUGGUAAUUCUACAAAAAUGGUACCUUUUUUGAUUGUGGAUAAACUGUGAAUCAUUAUGCUUUGGCAGUAGGAUUCGAUUUUGGAUACAAUUGGAUUGUUUAGAAUUCUUGGGGCUAUGGAUGGGGAGAAAAUGGAACUAUUAAGUUAUCUCCAAAUAAUACCUGUGGCAUACUCAGUCAAGCAUAUUAGAUUGUUUGAAAAGUAUAA